AUGUCACCUGGCGCCGGGCUGCGGGAGUCCUGCUGGCGGCCGCGCGCGCAGGGAGCUCAACCCACGGACCACAGCUCGACCGGGGGGCGGCGGGAAAGCUCGGGUGGGGGAGCGGAGACUGGUGAGGAGGCUAGACGGAGCGGUGGCCGGCGGGGAUGCGGCAGCGGCGGCGGCCCGGACCAGACGCGGCCGGCAGGCACCCGCGCGAGGCAGGGAGGGGGCUUUCGGACCGCGCGCGGCAGGGAGCCACGACGCCUCGCAGGACGUGGAGGGCCGCUGGCGGGGAGCCUCGGGUGGCCGGCGCGGCAGGGGAGGUCGACGGGCAUGCGCGCGCGGCCGGGAGCCGCGGCACCACGCGGCGGGGCCCUCGGGGAGCCGCGCACAGCACGCGCGCGCGUCAGGGACCCGCGCUCGCCGGGCAAGCACGCGCGCCACAGGGGCGAGGGCGGUGGGGAUUCAGUGCCCGGCGGCGGCAGGGAGGAGGCCGCGCGCGCAGGGAGCUCGGCCCUCCCUCCCAGAUCUGGAUCGAGAUGGCUGGAGGAUGAAUGGGGAAAGUUUCUCGUGGGGCCCACUGGUCAGUGA